AUGUUUCACUUCAGCGCUGGCCCACCAGGCGACGAAGUUUCCCUCUUGCACGGUUCUAAGCCAACCCCGAACCAGGCGAAGCCCGAAAAACGCCAAAUCACGAGAAAUCGGGCUAGCUACAGCUGUCUCACUUGUCGAAGGAGGAAAGUCAAGUGCGACAAGGCCCGUCCAAUCUGUGGAGGCUGCCAAAAAGCCGAUGUAGAAUGCUUCUACACCCAGGAUGAUACGACAUCCACCUCGGCACAGCCUGAUCUGCCAAAGGAAACCACAAGUCCGGUGUGGAAGAAGCGAAAAUCAAGUCCCAUGAGUCAAGGAUCCUUAGGGACAAUCACCGAAGCACAUGAGUUGAGAACGCCCGCUGACCUCAAAGCCAUCGAAGAACAGCUGCACCGCUUGACCAAGAUGUUCGAUGCUUUUCGCCAGGGUAACGGGAAUGACCUGCGGUUAAAAGGCUUCCUUACACCUGAGGCAUCAAACUCGGAUUCAGGCUCUGAUGGAAUUCUACCAAAAUCAAGCAUGAGUCUGGACAUGUUCCAACCCAGCAAUUACGCAUCAGCGAGGGAACCCUCUGACCUCAGCAAGCCUUUAUCAAGUUUGAACCUGAGCAAUGGCGAGUCAAGGCCAGAAUAUCCAUUUUGGAUCAAUAUAUCCGAAGAGAUCGAUCAACUCAAUCACUUGAUGCGUCGUCGGGAUAAUACCUAUGCGAGCUCAAUCAGCCCAGAGAACAAGCAUUGUGACAGGCCACGAGAGUUUGUUCCUCCUGUGAACGAAGACCACGAACAAGAAAAAGACGAUGUGACCGAUCCCACUGAUUUUCACAAAGAAGCUGGCGAAAAGAUCCCGGAAGACCUUAGGCCUGACAGCCACUGCCCGAUAUGUAGGCUCAUGCCAUUCACCAAAUCCAGUCUGUUGCAGAACCUCCCAAUCAAGUGUACAGCAGAGACUGCCUUACAGCAUCUGACGCAGGGCCUGCCCACCAGAGCACAAAGUAACGUUCUUUUCAGGUGUUGGCUAUCGGGGGUAUAUCCAAUUUUGGGGCUUCUCUUGCCCUCGGAGAUGAGCAGGAAACACGAAGAAUUCUGGGACCAGGUCGAGUCCAAUGGUCUCUCAGAAUCCAAUUUUCGAGACUUGGACUUCUUGGCCGUGAUCUAUGCCAUUUGGUAUGCGGGUUCGCUAAGUAUUUCUACAAAAGGUCUUCGGCAAUGGUUUCCUCAAACUUCAAGGGCACAGCUUAGCACCCGGUUCCACGAUCAGGUGGUGUUUUGCCUCCUAAUCAGUUGCUUUGCUCAAAAAGUCAGCUUGUACAAACUUGCUGCCCUCGUCCUCCUGCAAAGUAUGCCUAUAGCUGAAGAGGACCCUUUACAAGGCAGCCUGUACCUCUCACUGGCGGUGAGGCUGGCAUUGACCAUGGGGCUACACAGAGAGCCCACCCUGUUUGAGCUGUCUAUUACCGAGGAAAACAUGCGACGACGACUCUGGUGGCAGAUUAUCCAGUUGGAUGUUUCUCACGUUGUCGCGAGUGGCUACCCUUCUCAGAUAUCUGAGAAAUUCUGCGACACGAGAAUCUUCUGUGAAGAUAGAGAUGCCCAUGUGUCUGAGGACGGGGCCGCGAGCGUCAACUCGGACAAGUCUUUGAGAAUUUCGCCAUCCUCUAGUUCGGCUUCGAAUGGAGAGAGUACGAAUCCAAAAGCUUUUGGCACACUGUCCCUCCUGGCAAGAGGAAAGUCGAUAAUGGCAUGCGCAAUACGAAGCGUCGUGUCUCUACAUCUGGAAACGAAAAGACUCACAAAUGGAGAUAUGCAAGAAAUGAAACGGAUUAUGACUGAAGCAGGGGAUCAAGUCAACGCUAUUAUCAAGUCGAUUCCCAGCAAAGGAGUUCCAGAAAUGGGAUUCGUUCCGGAUACGCUUAGAGAUGCGCAGCAACGCGCAUCAGAUACCGAUGUGUCCAUGGGCGACCCUAUCACUGCAAAUGACACUGCGUAUUACAAGACUACUGUCAACAACACUGACCCCUCGUGGCCAUUGGCCGCUUAUUAUCGCGCAAAACAAGCUGCCUACAACAAAUGGGCCCGAAUUAGCCUAUCUAUGCUGAUUGACAAGGUGCAUUGUGUUGCAUAUGCCCCAUUCCUGAAGAACACGAGAAGUAAGCUGUGGGGUAUGGGCCGACAAUGCGCCCUGCACAAUUGCCACAGUUUCCUCAGAAAAUUUGUAUCACUCGCAGCCGAUCCAGACUUGGAGCCUUUUCGAUGGGCCUGGCCGGCGACUUACGGCCCCCUUCAUGCGGUCUUGAUAGUUCUCGUUGAUCUGUACGAGAGGCCGACCAGCGUUGAGGCACCCAGAUCAAGAGAAUUGAUCGACAGGGUAUUUGGGUUAGCUGCUCCCGGCGCCGGCAUCGUCGGUGGCCCUGAUGGCGUCACUGUUCAGAGACCGCUGCGGGAGGGCGGCAUUGAAGCGUGGGACAUGCUACGAGGCCUUCGUUCUGCUGCCUGGCAAAGAGCAGGACUCGAUCCUACAGUUCUUUGGACGGAGGCGGACCAAAUCGAGCUCGGCAUCGCGCAACCAUUGACGGAUGCGCAAAAGAUUGCUCAAAGUAUUCGAGAAGAUUCAAUUUAUGACAGCCCAACUCCAGGUCCACAAACCUCUCCUUCAUGUACGCGUGAUCCACAAGCAGAACAUCCUGCAUUGGAAAAAGGUGUCAGAUACAUGGUCCAUUUGGCCCACAAAGAGCUUGUUAAUGAAAGCCAUGAAGCACAAGAGCCCAUCUGCUCCCAAGCCAUGCGGAGCCAGCUGCGGCAAACUCUUGAAAACGAGUCUGGGUCAAAUGGCGGUCGAGUACUGGCACGACGGGAGGGUCAGCCAAGAAUGCCAUUUCCACUCAGUAAACGCAUGGAGAAGUGCUCUGGAACCGCAGCAACCAGCGACACUACGCCAGUUCAUGUCCUACCUUUCCACACGCACACGCCCAGAGCAGAAGGGCAGCCUCCUCUUUGUCCCACUCAGACAGCGCCGUUUUUGGACGGGUAUGAAGCCAAGAAUGGCACGCAGACGGUACAGCAAGAGUCUGCACAACUUCAACAUAACUGGGGGGAGGUGCCCGCCAAAGAUGUGACGGGUACAGAGCAGAAAUUGUUCAAUGCUCAGUUAUCCAAGCAGCAAACCAUGGAGACGUCCUACGGAAGCAAUAACAUGAAUGGCUAUAGCAACGGACUGCUUGAUCACCAUGAUGAAGAGUCACACAGGGACCAGAGCUUCGUCUAUACCGAGUUACACCAAGGUGACACGGAGAUGAACAUGGGCUUUGACUGGGAGCGUUGGGAUUCCGUGUUUGGACAAUACUCUGGAUUCACGGAUUUGAUGGAGGAUGUGACAGAAUGGAGUGACCUGUCCACCGUCACCAAUAUAAAUCUACCUUCGUCCUUCAUGCUAAGGGAUUGGAACUCGUGCACGACUUCUCAUCCUACCAGUUCCAUAACCCUGAUGGAGCGCACGGACAACCAGACCACCCACGAGCCUCACAAGAACCUCUUCGACUAUUCGAACGUGGUAACAUUUACAGCCGGCAAAGGGAGCCACCAGCAGUACUUUGCAUUCGACGGGCCACGACUCUGCCGUGAAUCCACGUACUUUGCAGACCGGCUGCAUGGAGAUCACCCAGAAGCGAGGAGCCGACAUUUUGAUUUUGGGGACAUCAAGCCUGCCCUCCUCGCAUGCAUGCUGUCCUGGUACCGUGGCUGGGGGUGCGUCUCCUGCGACGAAGACAGCAGUCAUGUUAAUGAGGCAUUGUCACUCGCCGAGAAAUGUCGCAUUGUUCGGUUCAAAGAACAUCUGGUCCAGAAGACAAAGACACAGACCAGCGCCUUGGGACUGGAAAAAGCACAGAGUGACUAUCCCUUGUCUCUUGCAGUGACGACGAAAGAGGAGGCCUUGCCACUGAAGUCGAGCCAGCACUUCCACAAUGGGAGACCAAGGAUCCUACAGAUGGAGACGACGCAUCUCAUUCUCUAUUUGGUCGAGGGACGGCCGCUCUUGAAUAUUCUUCACAUGCCGACGUUUACCAAGUCUCCCACUGUUGCCGUGGUUGCGCACCAAGGAUCCCGCAAGUCAGGCCCGCAUUACAUUCAUACGGCACUCCUCGAGGAUGGAUCGAAAUUUUUUGAAACGAUAUUGAAGACACGGCGCCCCCAACUCAUCCCACUUGAUCUCGACCGCGAUGUCGAUGUGACUGAUUUCGAUGUCUUUGUGACGUGGCUCUACGAAGGGUGUAUAGAUGAGCACACACUCGGAGAUAGAUUCAUCAACAUCUGGACUCUAGCCUCUCAGCUCGAAUCAGACACCUUCAAGUCAUACAUCAUGAAGGAGGGUAGGGUCCAUUUGCAGGAGUCUGACUAUCUGUCCAUCGCCAAAUUUCUUGAUGGCGAUGUCAUCUCGAAAUGCGCUCUCCGUGAGUACAUACUAUCAGGUCUUGCUAGCAAGAUCGCCAGCAAUGGUUGGGUAAGUUUCAUUGAAAGAACUAGGGGUGGCUGGGAGGAUUUCAUGAGCCACAAGGACGACGAGGCUGGAACGAAGGGGAAAUUCAUUUCCUGCCUCAUGGCGCGGCUGGAUCAGAUGCGUCAAAAUGGCAUGCAAAGCUCGCCAGCAACACAGCUUGAAGGGCACGGAGGGGCGCUCUUCGACCAUCCGUCGCCCCAGUCUCAGCAUCGCAGUCAAACGCUUCCGGUGUACGUGGCUCCCGAGGAGUCGACUCCGCAUAUACGAAUACCCAAGCUCGUGUUGAAGAAGAGAAAAUGGGAAGCCGACACUGUACAACAGCAUUAA